AUAAAAUGCCUUGUUUUUGUCAGUUUUUCAACAAAAACAAGCAAUAUAAACCACUCGGUACGACGGAUCCAUCUGAACAGGAAAAUAGUUCACCAAUAGUGUUUGCCUCUGAAAUGGUUCAAUUGAAGGCCGAAAUUUGGACUCUUCGUAAUUCGUUGGCCGAUACAAAGGCAAUCAGUCAAAAUCUACAGGAUUCAAUUUUGCAAACUGUGAUGGAAAAAUAUGAAAUCUUAGAUGAACUAAGCCGAGCUAGAGAAGAAAUUGCAAUGUUAGAAGCCCAGCAACAAGAAGAACGAAAUGUGAACUGUUCGCAGAAGAAACAGUUCCUUCAAGAAAUUUCCUCCUACAGAACAAAAAUCAGCGAAUUGUCUUUCCUAGUGGACAAACUUUCCGAGGAUAACAUACAGCUGAAGAAGGAGCUUUUGGAAGCAAACGAUACAGUGUACAAAAUUGGACAGAAAAUCAAGAACAAGGCUUCAUCAUAUGUUUGAAUAUAUUCAUGGUUUGAAAAGUUUUAGAGAUUGUCUUGAG